GGGUUUUCUGGCAGAAGGGCGGCUGUGCAAACACCCAUCUUCCAGGCCCUGGAUUAAAAGCAUCACCUUAUUUCAGUUUGCACGCAUCCCAGGAGGCAGAUCUUAUAUCCCCAUCGUAAAGGUGAAGAAACUGAGUUUCAGUGACCUCCCCAGGAUACACAAUUAGCGAGUGGCUGAGCCAGACUUGAACCCGGGCCUCCUGGCUCUUACACCCAGCAGGAGACCGCCCUCCUGGUGAAGCUGGAGGUCAGAGAAGUUAAGUGACUCGUCCACGGUCACCUCAACAGUAGCUGGCUGAGCUGGGAUUUGAACACAGGUCGCUCUACCUCAUGGUUUCGGGGACUCCCUUCACACCUGGCAGCCUGUUCCGGGGAAUUUCGUUUUUUCUGGAUUAGAGCAAACAUGAGUGACACAUCCGAAGAAUCAGGCCUCUUGGCUGCCCUCAAUUUGUAUCGAUUUUACGGAGAACCUGUAGUAAAAGCGUGUGUUGAAAAUGGAACGAGCUGUAUUGACAUCUGUGGAGAACCUCAGUUUCUGGAACUAAUGUAUUGGAAGUAUCACGAGAAAGCUGCAGAAAAGGGAGCUUAUAUCAUUGGAAGCAGUGGCUUUGAUUCCAUUCCAGCAGACCUGGGAGUGAUAUAUACCAAAAACAAGAUGAAUGGUACACUGACAGCUGUGGAAAGUUUCCUGACUAUACAUUCUGGACCUGAGGGGUUGUGUAUUCACGAUGGUACCUGGAAGUCAGCAGUUUACGGUUUUGGAGAUCAGAGUAAUUUGAAAAAACUACGAAAUGAAGCAAAUCUGAAACCCGUCCCAAUUAUUGGUCCGAAAUUGAAAAGAAGGUGGCCACUUUCCUACUGCAGAGAACUCAGCAGCUACUCGGUCCCUUUCCUGGGAGCGGAUGUGUCUGUUGUGAGGCGGACCCAGCGCUACCUGCACGAGAACUUGGAGCAGUCUCCCGUUCAGUACGCUGCUUAUAUAAAUAUGGGAGGCAUCACCUCUGUCAUUAAGCUGAUGUUUGCGGGACUUUUCUUUUUAUUCUUUGUGAGGUUUGGCAUUGGAAGGCAACUUCUCAUAAAGUUCCCAUGGCUCUUCUCCUUUGGUUAUUUUUCAAAACAAGGCCCAACACAAAAACAGAUGGAUGGCUCAUCGUUUACAUUGAGGUUCUUUGGUCAAGGAUACAGCCAAGGCUUUGGUCCCGAGAAGGGCAAACCAAAUACGAGAAUUUGUACUCAGGUGAAAGGACCAGAGCCUGGCUAUGUGGCUACCCCCAUAGCCAUGGUCCAGGCAGCUAUGACUCUUCUAAAUGACGCCUCUGAUCUUCCUAGCAUGGGCGGGGUCUUCACCCCAGGAGCCGCCUUCUUCAGAACAAAGUUGAUUGACAGACUCAACCAACGUGGCAUGGAAUUUAGCGUCAUCAGCAGCUCUGAAGUCUAGACGUUGGAAGAAUUGACUGAAGGCAGGACAUGCAUGAAUUCAUGGCUUUUUUGUUUGAAAUUUGAAACGCUACACGUGAAAAAGUUGUCAGAUCUAAAAUACGUGCACAUUAAAAGCAGGAAAUUGUACUAGCUUGCCCUAAAUUUCAAAUCUUUGUUGACUUUGUGAUUUUAUUGCUCGUGGAACAGAACCGAUAUUGGACUUCUUCAUCGAAGAGUUCAUCGUCAAUGCUUAUAAGUCAGCUGGCGGACUAAAGGGUGGGGGGGUGUCUUGAUCUGUGUUGCCGACAGACUCCCGAUGAGGCACUCGGGCUGGUGUUCCUGUAAGGCAGUAACUGCUAUUUUCCUCACCUUGAUUUUGAGUGGGAUCUCCCCUUCUGACGAGUGUCUCUACGUAUUGUUUGGGCCUUUGCCAAAGGAAAACGCACUUUUUGCUAUGUUAGCCUAGUUUCUCGCCCAUCCACACUAACUGAGUUUUUGACCAUUACCUAAGUUGAAUAAUAAAGGGUUGUCGAUGGAA